UCGUGUAAUUAUUCUCGCGAAGUCACGGGGUAGCUGAUCUCGGGACAUAGCAAUAGCAUUGAUAGUGAUCAUACCAAAAGGCAAGAGUAAUAACAGUACUGCUCAGUGUUUCGGCUGAGCACAGAUCAGAGUACUGCGAUCAUCGCCUCGUUCAGGGAGGAGGGCAAGGUCUGCCGAGCUAGCGAUAGGCCGCAGCGAGCUCAGGAGUCAGGUGCAUGCGUUUGGCCUUUGCAUUGCGAACGGCUCAACCGGUUGUAAAGCCCCGCACAGAUGCAACAACAUAGAAAAGAAGGAAGUAUCGCCAGAACAACAGAGGCUAGUACUGCGCAAUGGCUUACUCGUAUUACUAUGGAGGGUUCAUCUUCUUCGGUGUAGCACUGCUAGCAAUGAUGAUCCGCUUCUGCUGCCAGGUGUAUGGCAGGCGGCGCCCGGACCGCAGCCGCGUCACUGUGUACCGGACGCGGUCGCUCGUGUCGCAACAGAGCGUGCGUGCUGACCAGCAAGCUAUCGGCGGCCGGGGCCGCACCGUACGUGUGCUUGUCGCCAACGAGCAUCAGCAUUGCCAUCAGUCGGUGGGGGUGCCGAGUGCCGGCAUCGUUGCACCGCCAUCGUACGACGAGUCGGAACGCAGCAGGUCGCCGCAGCCACCGCAAACCUUGCUCGAUGAGGCCGGCCUCAAUCCACGUAAUACCCCUCCAGUGUUCGUGCAUUACGCUGGUUCCUCAGUACAUGGAUCACCUCCACCACUGCCAAUAGGACCGGGAAAUCCAGGUGACAGCGCCGGUGGUGUUGAGAACUUCCCGACCCCGCCGCCGUACAGCUCCAUUCAGAGCCCCGCUGCCAACACAGCCACGGUGCCUGAUGAGGAGGACGAAGACGACACAUCGUUUUCAGAUAGUCGGCCAUUGAUGUCGUGAGUCACCCAAGCCAUUGUGUUUUUCUUCGUAAAACUAAGCACUAGAUCUCUAUAUAACUCUACGUACAGUAAUGCAGGACAUUUAUUGGUGAACAUGUGUGAAUACUGGUCAGUCAUAGGAAUUCCAGUAUAGUGUUGGUCACAGUGUGUGUGUGUGUGUGUGUGUGUGUGUGUGUGUGUGUGUCUGCAUAGGCAUCAUAUCCAAACUGUCUAGUCACUACAUGGAGUAAUGCCUAUCAUGGCUUUGUUAACGUUUUAUUAUGGUUCGCUAUAAUUAUAGCUUUAGCCAGACUUGCGCUUCAUCUACAAUGGGACACAAUGGCACAAUCUGCCCUGCACCCGUCCUUGACUGUAACUGAAUUGUUCUCAUACCAAACAUUUACGUUGUACAUGUACAUGAUAGGGCACUGUGUGUGAUCCUCUUGAGAACCAAUAAUUACCUGCAGCCUGCCAUUCAUCCAUGCACUGACACUGGCAUUCGUGCUAAGUUUGGUGCGCUGCUGGCUCUUGCCAUGCACAAUGGACCUCUCCUAUCUUGGUGACGUACAUGUACAUGCAGCACUGUAGAGUGCAGUAUUCACCUUGUGUUUGCACAUACUGGGCCAUAGUGAUGCCCGUGCACGGUGCUUGUUGGUCGCCUGCAGUAUUUGCCACCACUGUUUUUAAUUUUUUUUGCACGGGAUGAAUGGGUAUCUCCCGGUGAGAUAUCCAUGUUAGGUCUUUGUCCGAACAUCAAUAUUAGUUCAAUCUGAAAAGCAGCUCAAUAAAGUGGCGUGGUGACUGUUUUUUUCUGGAUUACAUGUCCUUUUUUGUACCUCCCGCCUCUGUAUCCAUGGUUGUCGUAACCAUAGCUUUAUUUGCUUGAUAUUUGAAUCUCUGCUAUGGGGUGCAUGGUUUUUGAUUUUAUUAAUUACGUAUUCGCAACAUACCCUGCAUCAGUACAGUAUAACAAUAACAGAAUAAAGAUGCCAAUGUA